AUGGAGAUGGGCAAAUGGAUUCAUUUAGAGCUGUGGAACAGGACGCCCUCCGAUGUGAAAGAACUUGUCCUGGACAACAGUCGGUCAAAUGAAGGCAAAUUGGAAGGCCUCACAGAUGAAUUUGAAGAACUGGAAUUCUUAAAUACGAUCAACAUAGGCCUCACCUCAAUUGCAAACUUGCCAAAGUUAAACAAACUUAAGAAGCUUGAACUAAGCAGUAACAGAGCCUCAGUGGGCCUAGAAGUAUUGGCAGAAAAGUGUCCAAACCUCAUACAUCUAAAUUUAAGUGGCAACAAAAUUAAAGACCUCAGCACAAUAGAGCCCCUGAAAAAGUUAGAAAACCUCGAGAGUUUAGACCUUUUCAAUUGCGAGGUAACCAACCUGAACGACUAUUGAGAAAAGAUGUUCAAGCUCCUCCCGCAACUCACAUAUCUCAACGGCUGUGCGGAUGACAAGGAGGCCCCUAACCCGGAUGGUGAGGGCUUUGUGGAGUGCCUGGAUGACAAGGACGAGGAUGAGGAUGAGGAGGAGUAUGAUGAAGAUGCUCAGGUAAUGGAAGACGAGGAGGACAAGGAUGAGGAGGAGGAACGUGAAGAGGAGGACGUGAGUGGAGAGGAGAAGAAGGAUGAAGGUUAUAACAAUGGAGAGGUAGAUGAUGAGGAAGAUGAAGAAGAGCUUGGUGAAGAAGAAAGGGGUCAGAAGCGAAAAUAAGAAACUGAAGAUGAGGGAGAAGAUGAUGACUAA